CGACCAAUCAAGGACAGGGUGAGGCGCAAAACCGGCCGGCUCCCAGGGGAGCCAGCCAGAGGCUGGGGGGCCAUGGCCGAGCUACAGCAACUGCAGGAACUUGAGAUCCCCACGGGCCGGGAGGCCCUGCGGGGCAACCACAGCGCCCUGCUGCGUGUCGCCGAUUACUGCGUGGACAACUAUGUGCAGGCCACAGACAAGCGGAGGGCGCUGGAGGAGACCAUGGCCUUCACCACCCAGGCUCUGGCCAGUGUGGCCUAUCAAGUAGGCAACCUGGCCGGACACACUCUACGGAUGCUGGACCUACAGGCGGCCUCCCUGCGGCAGGUCGAAGCCCGUGUGAACACGCUGGGCCAGAUGGUGAGUAUGCAUAUGGAGAAGGUGGCCCGAAGGGAGAUCGGCACGUUAGCCACUGUCCAGCGGCUGCCCCCUGGCCAGAAAGUCAUCGCCCCCGACAGCCUCCCUCCCCUCACGCCCUACUACCGGAGACCUCUCAACUUUGGCUGCCUGGAUGACAUUGGCCAUGGGAUCAAGGAUCUGAGCACGCAGCUGUCGCGGACGGGGACCCUCUCUCGAAAGAGCAUCAAGGCGCCUGCGACGCCCGCCUCCGCCACCCUGGGGAGGCCACCGCGGAUCCCGGAGCCGGUGCAGCUCCCGGUGGUGCCCGACGGCAAGCUCUCCACCGCCUCGUCUGCCUCUUCCCUGGCCUCUGCAGGCAGCUCCGAAGGUGUGGGUGGGGUGUCCGCCACCAAGGGGCAGGCAGCACCCCCACCCCCACCUCUCCCGAACCCCGUGGCUCCACCUCCUCCACCGGCCACCACCGAAGUCUUCCUGCCGCCCCCUCCGCUGGAGGAAGUGUCCCUGCCCCUGCUGGCACCAGAGCUGCCCCUGGACCUGCCCCCUCCUCCACCCCUGGACGUCCAUGAGCUGGGACUGCCACAUCUGCCCCCACCAGGCUUUGGGCCAGAGGAGCCUAGCUGGGUCCCUGCUGCAUACCUGGAGAAAGUGGUGACGCUGUACCCAUACACCCGCCAAAAGGACAACGAACUCUCCUUCUCUAAGGGCACCGUCAUCUGCAUCACACGCCGCUACUCCGAUGGCUGGUGUGAGGGCGUCAGCUCGGAGGGGACUGGAUUCUUCCCAGGGAACUACGUGGAGCCCAGCUGCUGACACUCUGGGGCUUUCUGAGCUCCUGCCCGGAGCACUGCGCUGCGAGCCCCUUGAGCUCCAGUGCAAAGCCAGCUCCAGAGUCAAGGCGGGACCCGGCCUGCCCACCUGUGAGCUGUGCCCGCCCCUUCCCCCUCCUUUCGGUGGUGGGAAGGGGUCCUGGGGAGAGAAGGGAUGUAUCCGGAGGCCUGCCGCAGACAGGAAAAGAACCGGAAGCCAAGGACUUUGGUGAUCUUGUCCACAGAAGACCCACCCCUCCAUGCAGCAUUGGGUGCCAGCUUUGAAUAAAACUCUGAUGACCUCCUGGUGAUUGCCCCGCAGGGCUGGGGGGCCAGAGAGGAGGGAGUUAAA